AACUUGAGUGACUUCUUCACACAAUUUAGCAUCAAGAUUGGUCUCUGUGGGAAAGGAACUGGAGUGAAAGUGCAUGCUAUGAGCGGAGGAAAACCAAACAGCAGCAGAUAUGAACGGCACAGAAGGACCCAAUUUUUAUGUCCCCAUGUCUAACAAGACUGGGUUGGUGCGCAGCCCAUUUGAGUACCCUCAGUACUACCUGGCUGAGCCCUGGAAGUACUCUCUCCUGGCUGCAUACAUGCUAUUCCUCAUUAUCACUGCUUUCCCCAUCAACUUCCUCACUCUCUAUGUCACUGUCAAACACAAAAAACUGAGGACCCCUCUGAACUAUGUGCUGCUCAAUCUGGCGGUGGCGGACCUCUUCAUGGUCGUCGGGGGCUUCACAGUCACUCUGUACACAUCUCUGCAUGGAUACUUCAGCUUAGGUGUCACAGGCUGCAACAUUGAAGGAUUCUUUGCCACAUUAGGAGGGGAGAUUGGUCUGUGGUCUCUUGUGGUUUUGGCUAUUGAGCGCUACAUUGUGGUUUGUAAACCAAUGAGCAACUUCCGCUUUGGGGAGACACAUGCCUUGGUUGGCCUGGCGUUUACAUGGAUCAUGGCCCUGACCUGUGCUGCUCCACCUCUGUUUGGAUGGUCCCGGUACAUCCCAGAGGGAAUGCAGUGUUCCUGUGGGAUUGACUACUACACUCCAAAGCCUGAGAUCAACAACACCUCAUUCGUCAUCUAUAUGUUUAUCCUCCAUUUUUGUAUCCCUCUCUUCAUCAUUUUCUUCUGCUACAGUCGCCUGCUCUGCACUGUGCGAGCGGCUGCAGCCCUGCAGCAGGAGUCUGAAACCACCCAAAGAGCUGAGAGAGAGGUGACCCGUAUGGUCAUCGUCAUGGUGAUCUCCUUCCUGGUGUGUUGGGUACCCUAUGCCAGCGUGGCUUGGUACAUCUUUGCCAAUCAGGGAACAGAGUUUGGACCAGUGUUCAUGACUGCACCGGCCUUCUUUGCCAAGAGCGCUGCUCUGUAUAACCCAGUCAUAUACAUCCUCCUAAACAAACAGUUUAGAAACUGUAUGAUAACCACUGUGUGCUGUGGAAAGAAUCCAUUUGGAGAUGAUGAGGCUGCAGGUGCUGCCGUUUCUAAAACCCAGACUUCAUCGGUCUCCUCGAGCCAGGUGUCCCCUGCUUGACCUGUGCACCCUCCUUUCGAUGUCCCAUCUGUCUCUGUACACAUAGGGACCAACCACCGCCAAGCAGCACUACGUUCUAUUGGCCAAUCCUCUUGACUUACCUCUCCAUGUGUCUUCACUGCAGCGGCAGAACCGCACCUUCUGUGGGACAUACUCAAAAGCCAGCAUGUGUACUUUCAACCCAUUUAAUCAUGGAAAGUGUUCAGCUGGCCUCAGAGAGUUUAACCCAGCAUCAUGGGGGUAUUGUCCUGGUGACGAUCCAACUGAACACCUUCCAAGUUCCCCACUACUCAGAAAAAGACAUCAUAGGUGAAAGCAUAAUUCAACUGACCACACUCUAUGGUUUCGUCCUCUUCUUCAAGUAAUUGUUGCAGCUAUUUAUCCCCUAAUGCGCUUCAUUCUUGUAGUUUUACAACUGUUUUGGUAAAAUUCAUUUUCAUUUUGUCUUUGUUAAGUUUCAUAGUCAGUGUAAUGGCCUCUUCACCGGUCUCUCUGUCUUACCUCUUGGCUUUAUGGUGGCAAAGCUGAGGUGGUAGUUAAGAAUGAGUGUAAACAGAUGGACCUGAAAAGAGCCUCGGCAAGGAGACGGCGCCUCCUGCAACAGACUGGAUGUGUGUGUGGUGGAUGUUUAUGUGUUUGUAUGGAUGUCAGAAAGUCUGUGUGUGUAUUAAAGAGAUAAGAGGAUAUUAUUUUGUUCUUUGUGUAAAAGGCUAGGGUCUUGUGGAAGCUGUUUCUGUGUCCUGCAAUAAAAACAAAGCUA